AUGGAUGUGACAGGGAGACGAGCAAACAACUUCAUCAUCGAGUCCCUGGAUGGCAUGGCACGGCUCUCUCUUCCCACUCUCAUCGAGUGUGACAUGAUACCUGAUGAUAGAGCGGAAAUCCCAGCUCCUGAAGUUGCUGUUCACUAUCCCCAUCUCAAGCCAGUAGCAGGUAAAAUCCCAGAAAUUGAUCCACAAGCAGAAAUCCUCAUCCUCCUUGGCAGAGACAUUCUCAGUGUACACAAGGUCAGAGAGCAGCGCAAUGGACUCCACAAUGAACCAUACGCUCAACGUCUGGACCUGGGGUGGGUCAUUGUUGGAGAGGUGUGUCUUGGAGCCUCCCAUAAGACAUUUCAAACCACUGUCUACAAGACCAACAUUCUACACAAUGGACGAGCUUCACUUCUGGGUCCAUGCAACAAUAACAUUCGGGUCAAAGAGAGGUUCAGCUGUCACACUCCAAGCCUGAAUCUUCAGAGCUCCGUGUCUAACCUAGCAAGGGAGACUGAUGAUCUUGGUUGCCAAGUAUUUCAGAGAACAGAACACGACGACAACCUUGACCUGUCAAUUGAAGAUAGGAUUUUUCUGGAAACACUGGAUCAACAAACCUACAAGGAUGAAGCAAACACGUGGGUUGCCCCCUUACCUUUUCGAUCACCACGGAACCGUCUUCCAAACAACCGACUUCAAGCUGUCAAGCGUCUGUCAUCUGUGAGGCGCAAUCUAGACAAGAAACCUCAGAUGAAAAAAGACUUCAUCAACUUCAUGCAAAAGAUAUUCGAUGCCAAUCAAGCAGAGCCAGCUCCACAGCUAACAGAAGGCCAGGAAUGUUGGUACCUACCCUUAUUCGGCGUUUACCAUCCACGUAAGCCAGAGCAGAUAAGAGUAGUGUUCGAUUCCAGUGCUAAACAUGAAGGCCUUUCUCUUAAUGACGUGCUUCUUUGUGGUCCUGAUCUGAACAACACCCUUAUCGGGGUCCUGCUCCGUUUUCGCAAAGAACCAGUCGCAGUUACUGCUGAUAAACCAGUGAAAGAGUUUCGCAUGACGGUUCAUGUAUUUGGCAACAGUCCGUCGCCAGCGGUUGCUAUUUUCUGCCUACGACGAGCUGCUUCAGAGGCAACAGAGUCCACUCCCGAGGCAAGAGAGUUUGUCAUGCGCAACUUUUACAUGGAUGAUGGACUUGCAUCGUUUCCCACUGAAACAGAUGCUAUCAAGGUCUUGCAGUCAUCUCAAGAAAUGCUAGCUGAGUCAAACAUCAGACUACACAAGAUAGCAUCCAACAGCAGCAGCGUCAUGCAAGCGUUCCCCACAGAAGACUGGGCCAAAGGUGUUAAAGACUUUGAUUUUGGAGGAGAAUCACCAUCCCUGCAAAGAAGCCUAGGUCUCAGCUGGAACCUAGUGACAGACAGCUUCACCUUCUGUGUUUCUUCAGAGGAGAAACCUUUGACUAAAAGAGGUGUUCUUUCCACAGUGAACAGUCUAUUUGAUCCCUUAGGGUUUGUGGCGCCAGUUACUGUGGGAGGAAGGAACAUAAUGAGAGAGCUUUCUGUUGAGCAGUACGAUUGGGAUGCUCCACUUCCAACAGCAAAACAAGAACAAUGGAAACUCUGGAGGAACUCCAUGAAAGAGCUGGAGCAACUUGAUAUCCCAAGACCUUAUGUUCCUGUUUCAUUAGUCACACAGACUCAGUACAGAGAACUUUGUGUGUUUUCAGAUGCCUCUGACAUUGCGAUAGCAGCUGUAGCGUACUUGAGAACUGUUUCCAUGACAGGAGAGUGUCACGUGGGCUUCGUUAUGGGAAAAUCCAAACUGACACCGCGUCCUGCACAUACAGUUCCUCGUCUCGAACUCUGUGCUGCAGUUUUGGCAGUUGAGAUGGCAGACUUCAUCAAAGGUGAAAUGGACAUUGAUAUUCACUCAGUGAAGUUCUACACAGAUAGUAGAAUUGUGCUAGGUUACAUUAACAACACAUCACGCCGAUUCUACGUCUAUGUCUCCAACAGAAUCACACGAAUCAGGAAAUCUUCUCACCCACAUCAGUGGCAUUACAUCAACACUGAACAAAACCCUGCUGACCACGGGACUCGGCCAUUAGCUGCUACAGACCUCAAGAGCACCAACUGGUUUUCUGGGCCAUCAUUUCUGUCAAGGCCGCAGCAAGAGAACACUGCCCCUAUCGACAACUUUGAGCUGAUACAUCCAGACCAGGAUCGAGAAAUCCGUCCUGAGGUUACAGCCAUCAGUACAAAGGUGACAUUAGUGCCAGAUGUGCUUGGGGCACAGAGGUUUGAAAGGUUCUCCUCGUGGAAGUCACUGGUGCGGGCUAUUUCCAGAUUAAUCAAAAGAGUCAGAAGUGAGGUGAAAGUUCCUGAUAGUGAAGGCAGUAGAGGAGAGGAAAGUGCACAAGCAACAGUUGUGAUCAUCAGGGCAAUGCAGCAAGAGGUCUUCUUUAAGGAGAUAGAACAUCUUAUCAAAAGGGAUCAAAUCUCGAGACAAAGCCCGCUUGUGAAGUUGUCUCCAUUUCUGGACCAAGAUCGACUAUUAAGAGUUGGUGGUCGCACGUCCUCAACAGACAUGUGCUUUGAUGAUAAACAUCCUUUGAUCAUUCCAAAGACUCACACAGCCACACUGUUGGUGAGACAUUAUCAUGAUCAAGUUGCACAUCAGGGACGGCAUUUUACAGAAGGCGCCUUGAGAUCAGCCGGAUUAUGGCUAAUUGGGGGAAAGAAACUUGUUUCUACUGUUAUACACAAAUGUGUCACUUGCAAAAGACUCAGAGGUAAACUAGAGGAACAGAAGAUGUCAGAGUUGCCAGCAGACAGACUGUCAUUGUCACCACCUUUCACACAUGUUGGAGUGGACGUCUUUGGCCCAUGGACAGUGACCUCUCGAAGAACAAGAGGAGGCCACGCAGAGAGCAAGCGGUGGGCAGCCAUAUUUACCUGUUUGAACACCAGGGCGGUGCAUAUUGAGGUCCUGGAAACCAUGACUACAGCAAGCUUUAUCAAUGGUCUCAGACGGUUCACAGCAAUCAGAGGACCCAUUAAAAUGCUCCGAUCAGAUCGGGGAACAAAUUUUAUUGGGGCAUGUAAGGAACUCAACCUUAACACAGAGGAUCCUGAUCUGAAGACACACCUCCAUGACAGCAAUUGUACCUGGGUCUUUAAUCCUCCUCACUCCUCUCACAUGGGUGGAGUGUGGGAGAGGAUGAUAGGCAUUGCUCGACGCAUUCUGGAUGCUCUUCUCCUCAAAACCAGCACAUCCUAUCUGACACAUGAGGUGCUCACUACUUUGAUGGCAGAAGUCAUCGCCAUCAUGAACUCAAGACCAUUGGUUCCAGUAUCUUCUGACCCUGAAGCUCCAGCAGUUCUUACUCCAUCAAUGUUGCUGACACAAAAAGAAGAAACUCUGUCCACACCCGAAGGUGACUUUGAUGCAAAUGACCUUUCUAUCAAGCACUGGAGAAAGGUUCAAGGCCUUGCCGACGCCUUUUGGAAGAGGUGGAGACAAGAAUACUUGGUAACGCUUCAACCGAGGAAAAAGUGGCACACUGACAAACGCAACCUGCAAACAGGGGAUGUUGUCCUACUGAAAGAUUCCCAGGCCAGAAGAACUGAGUGGCCUACUGGACUAAUUGUCAAGACUGUACCUAGCCAAGAUGAUAGAGUACGCAAGGUGGAAGUGAGGGUGGUUAAACAAGGUACUCCUAAGGUGUAUUUACGACCUAUCUCAGAGGUCAUCUUACUUUUUCCUAAAGACAGUGUGUAGUGGUAUAAAGCAUUAUACCAAGCGGGGAGUGUGCUGCCCCACUUUGACUUGCACGUCUUCACCUGUGGGUGGCAGUAUUACGACAAGAGUAGAGCGAGUUAAACAAUGUCAACAGAGUCGCCAAUCUGCAGCCGAACUUUAGCAGUGCCAAUCGUUUUAAAGAGUAAAGAGAACAUAUGCCUGUGAGUAUUGUAUAUGUAUAGUGGUGUAUGUUGCUGUUACUGCUGUUUCUAUAAGUUGACAGUUCUUUUAUAUUUUCGUCGCUAUGACGAUGCUAAUUUGUUAGCUUGUAUAUGGGGUUUUACAUUAUUAUUAUAUGUUAGCAUAAAGCUAGCGGAGCUUAUUAUUAUAGAAUAAGCAUCUUCACAGCUCAAGAUGUUGAUACAGACAAUAUCAGUGAAGACACAUAGCUGUUUUUUCAGGGUUUUUUUUUUUUUGGUUUAUUGCCAAAGCCUGAGACUAUAUGAUUGUGCUACAAUGUUAAAAUUACACUAAUGUAAUGUUUUAUGUCUUUCAGAGUUUCAGGGAGCCUUUAUUCAAAUGAAGUAUUUUCUGAUUUGGUUAUUUCCUCACAACAUAUUUAUUAUAAAAUCAGUGAUUAUGGCUAUUGCAGGGUUCCAGAGUGCGACCAAAAUUUUUAAGAGUGCGACUAAUAAUUUUUCUAGGUCGCACUGGUGCACCUGACGCUGCCCGGGUGAAAACAUAAAUUUAUUUCGCAAGCGCAUCAUCUCUCUGUGACCGAACUCACACACUCAUGGUACGAUCAUAUCGUGUUCUAAACCAAUAAGAGACAGAGCUCGGGCGGGUCUUUGCCUCUGAUUGGCUGUGGUCCUGUUCACCGCGCUAAGUCGCGUGUGUUUAAAAAUUGCCGAGCCCCGGUCCUUCGGCGACAGCAUCAGACUCGGAACCAGAGGAGGAGACAACCGAGUCUGGGAUAGAGCCCGGCUCCGAGACCCAAAUUAAAAAGGCCAAAAUAUAUUCCUUCAGGCAGGACUGGCUGAAACAAUUUCCCUGGCUGAGGUACAACAAAGGACGUAACGCAAUGCACUGCAUGUACUGUCAGGAGUGCGGUCAGAAUAUGGCCGGAAAAAGUGCGUUCGUGAGCGUGCAACAACGUUUCGUAUCGAAACUUUAAAAAAACAUAACAUGUCUAAAAAAAAUACACGAUAUGCCGUGACAAGUGUGUGUAGAGAAAGUGGCCCCUCUCCCAGCUGCAUUUCAGCGGCAGGUAGUAGUAAUCAGGUCCUCUUUUAUUUGGAAAUGUUUUAUUUUGCUUAGUGUUUUAGUUUGAAAUGUUCAAUUUCAGCUCAGUGAAGCACUUUAAACACUUUAUUUUUCUUUUUAUAUAUAAUUGUGCUUCAAAUAAAGACAAGCAUUUCUCUACACUUUAUUCUUGUUUAAAAAUCAUUCACAUUAUAUAAAAGUUAUGGAGAGCGAUAAAAGGAUGACCUUAUGGCGUUAAAGGCGAAGCAAUGAAAAAUUUGGGUGCACCUACAUUUUGGGCUGGUGCACCUAAAAAAAAAAAAAAGUUAGGCGCACCAGUGCAACCAAUGCAAAAAGUUAGUCUGGAGCCCUGCUACUGAAUACAUCUACUGAUUCUCAAAUGAAAAUCGGUAUUCAAAAAUGGCCGAGUCUAAAAUAAUUAAAGGGGCAGUCUUCCAGUUUUACACAUGAAGUUCAGUUUACUACUCAUGGUACAUGCUACUAAAAUCUAUAAUAUCUUCUGUAGCAUCCAGAGUUUGAAAUUAUGUCAUGAUGGUUAUAUUGGUUUAAGAUUGAGACUUUUCAAUGUAAAGCCUGCAUUAGAAACUUGAGGGGUGUUUUGAAAGACAGACUAUUUAGAGGGCAGGGAGGGUCUAAUAAAGAUGCUAGUGAAAUGCAUUAUGGGAAUUGUAGGAUCCAUUGCUUUUGGAGAUUGCCCCAUACAAGGAAGUACAUUUCUGUAGUGUUGUUUUUGUUUUAUCAGUGCUAAGUUACUGUAAAUGAAACUUAUUUCCUGCAGAUGUUUCACAUUAAAAGCGUACAAUGUAAGUGUGUGCUUUUUGAGCUACAAUAGGGCUUUAAAUGUAGCAUCUGUGCAGGAAAUGUUGAAUUACAUUAAUAUUUAACACCAAUGAAAAAAACAGCAAAAUUGAAUCAACUCUAAUGAAUUAGUGAGUGAGAGCAGGCAUUGCUGCGUUGCAACAGCGUUUUGGUGAUGUGUUCUCUCCCUUGUCAGGACGCACAAAUCUCAUACAGCACCACUUUGAGACUCACCCGGGCAUGACGGUGCGUUCACGGCCCUAUCGGUUACCUGAACACACAAGAAAAGUAGUUCAGAAGGAACUGAAAGCCAUGCUGGAGAUGGGAGUAAUAGAAGAGUCCAACAGUGCCUGGUGUAGCCCUAUUGUUCUGGUGCUUAAAAAGAAUGGGUCUAUUCGGUUCUGUGUGCACUAUCGCAAGGUGAAUGACGUGUCACAGUUUGCCUACCCGAACCCAAGCAUUUAUUAAAGAGAUAUAAUAAAAGCAAACAGAGGAAAAUAGACUAUAUACAAUCUAACUAAAAGGAAAUAAGCUACAGGAAAAGGUGUGUGUCUGUUUGUGUGUGUGUGCGCGCAUUGGGGGUUGCGCGCCAAGAAAGGUGUGUGUCCUUUGUCCUCUGACCAGAUGUUUCAAUGUAUGAAACGCUUGUUGGUGAGAGACAAAAAGCAUGGAGGAGCGGGAGGGUUGGAGUUCCCUCUUCUUGUGUAUGUGCUGAGGUUUAGGCUGAAUAUGUGUGUGUCUGAUCCUAGAUUAACGGUGCCGUUAAAAGGGAGUUAGUUGCAUGCAAAGACGGUGUCUGUGUGAAGCAUAACAUCAAACUAACAUCACCUUAGCACUGUCUGAAAGACUACAGUUACUACAGUAACCUGCGUUAAUCAUUUCAACAACAUAACCUGAAUAAAACACAUCAGUACAGUAACAUUAACAGUAAUUAAACAGUCCUUGCUUUGCGUUAACUCUUAAGUUACCU